AUGAAGAUAAAUGCAUUCUCGAGGCUUCUAUCCCUCUUUUUCCUCCCUCUGGUUAUUUCGCAAUCCACUUCGGUGGAAAGUACGCAGCAGAGUUCCAGCAGCCGUCCCGCGAGUUCCAGCUCCAAGCCUAGCUCCAGUCCUUCCAAUGGAGGCGGAGGAGGCGCCAGUGAAAGCGAAACUGGCAGCAUUGGCAGCAUUGGAGGCCCAUCGCUCACCUAUGCGAGUGACAUCGUGGUCCCCGCUACUCCGCCAGUGCAUAGCGCUUCCUUCGAAAGCCAUGGACCCUUUAGUGGCUCUGCAAGUGUUACCGGAGCCCUUACGGCUUCUACCGUUCUUGGAACUGCACUUUCUGGUCAGCCUGCGCCAACAAGCGCGACGAGCUAUCCAUCUGAUGGUGAAAUGCAUGGUGCACAGCCUGCGCCAUACUUUCCUGCUGGUGGGUUAGGGACUAACGGGACCGCACCGGUUUAUAACGUGCGAAGCGAUUACGACUAUCAAUCAAUUGCCCUAGCUCUGCACUUGGAAUGGAUGAUAUACGAUCUCUUCCAAACCGGCGCUUCCCAGUUCAAACUUAAGGACUUCCAAGCCAUGGGUCUGACCCAGUCGGAUUACAAUUCAAUUUCUCUCAUGGCAAAUCAAUCUCAAGGCCAUGUCACGCUCCUCAGUAAUAUUCUCGGUGAAUCGGCUCCUGGACCAUGCAUUCAUAACUUCCCCUUCAAAACGGCCUACGAGUUCCUUGACUUCAGUCAAAAGGUAGUUGCCGUCGCGGAGUCUACAGUGUACAACUUCCUCCCACACCUAGACUCUCGUGAAACUGCAAUGUUAGUCCUUCAGCUUGUUGCGACUACUGCACGCCAACACAUGAUAUUCCGCCAGUUCGAGGCCUUGCAGCCCAUGCCUGUAUGGUUCGAGGCCGGCAUUCCUCAGUCAUGGGGAUGGAGCUUAUUAGCGCCGUUUAUCAGCUCAUGCCCCGAUGAUGCGAGGCUUGUAUGGAGAAACUUUCCUGCUAUGCAAAUUAUUGAUGGGCCAAACGCAGCUAGAACGGAUGGAUCAGGCAAAAAUGAAACUAUGGGAGGUGGACUCGGAGUAGUAAACUCUACUACUAACUUAUCAGACAAGUCGUGCUUGAGCUUUCCGUCUAGUAGUGAUACUAGCUCUAGCGGGACUGAAAAGGUUCCUUGUGGCCGCUAUGACCGUAGGGACGAGAAUAUUGCCACUAACACCACCGGCGGCGGCGGAAGCGCCAAAUCUACCUCUAGUGGUGGAGCUAAGCCAUCCGGGACCGGUGGAAGUGCAAGCGGAGGUGGCAGCAGUGGUGGCCUUAACAUAGAUUGCAAGCCUGGGAUCACAUCCAACUGGACUAGACCCCUCAGUGAGCCAGGCCGCAAGAUACUCCUUCAAUGGGAAUCAGCCGGCCGGCCCGUCGGUCCGAAUAAUAGCUACAUCACCAACACCCAGGCAAAGGGGCCUGCAUUUGUGGCCUGGAUCACUCAGUUGAACGUCACGUAUACUCCGCUGGAGGUGACGAAAAAUGGUGAUAAUGGUGGUAAAGGGGGUGGUUCUGGCAUCAGCAAUACCACAAGUUCCUCGGGUGGACCCCAGCCUACCGGAAGUACCGGCAGUAGUUCGUCAACCGGUACAAACACAAUGGCCACGGCGAAGCCUACCAGUAACGGUGGCUCUUCUAACAACAGCACUGGCUCGCCAGGCGGUGAUGGAGGAGGUUCUUCAAAUGGCAUCAACUCCGCUGGCAAUAUGUUCACUGGUAUGACUGUGCAGCCAGACUUUGCAACUUUUGCAGGAGAUCCAGCAGUGAAUGGAACAGUUUUCAUUGCAAUUACGGAUGAGGAUUUGUUCUUGACCCCUUUCAACUUGAGUCUUAUCGAUUCACAUGUUGUUGCUGGUCCAGCCAUUUACCAAGCUGGUUAA